AGUGAGAUUUUAAAAGCUGCCUGGAGAUAACCGCUCACGGGACGAAGGCACAGUGCUUCCUUGGCCAUGGCCCCGAAAGCGAAGCUUACUUAUUUCGAUGGCCGCGGUGCAGCUGAAUGCAUUCGGUACCUCUUGGCGUACGCAAAUAUCGAAUACGAGGAUCACAGAAUUACUCAUGAAGACUGGCCCAAGUAAAACCUACCACACCCUUUGGCAAGGUUCCAAUCCUUGAGAUAAACGGGAAGACUGUGUACCAGUCAGUGGCCAUUGCCCGCUAUUUGGCAAAGCAAGCGGGCCUAGCAGGAGACAACGACUGGGAGGCGCUGGCAAUCGACGCGAUUGCCGACGUGCUGACUGACAUCAAAGUUGCGAUCAACGAGUAUGGAUGGGCCACCGCUCCUGCCGACAAACCGAAGAAGAAGGAGACUUUGGUGAACGAGACUUUGCCUUACAACCUUUCGCGACUCGAAAAAGUUGCCAAAGAAAACAAGGGUUAUUUUGUUAACGGGAAGCUUUCUUAUGCAGACAUAAUCUUCGCUGCUUCCGUGGAGUACUUCUCAACUGUUGUUGAAUUUGACAUUACAAAAGACUACCCCACUCUAAGCAGCCUGGUGGAGAAGGUUCACUGCAUUCCUCGCAUCAAGGCAUGGAUUGAAAAGCGCCCGAAGACAUUGUAUUAAUUCAUAUGUUACACAAAAAUUUUUGCAUAAUCGCACAGGUAGAUGUGUUAUGGUGUUAUGUAUUCUGAGAUAUUAAUAAACAAAUAUAGAUGGGC